ACCUUUAUCGAUUCGUUCCUCAUCUCUUACCUCGAUCCCCUGUUCCGCCGCCGCCCAACCCGAGCGCUGGCCGCUGGCCGCAUCGCCGCCACAGAGAAACCGCGCCGCCGCCGCUCGAGUCCACACCCAGCGUCCCAUCCGCUCGAUUCCAUACCUCCACCCGCCGCUCUAGUCCACAGCCCACGCCGCCUCCUAUCGGCGCUCGAAUCCACUCAUCCACCGGCCGCAAGAUCUGGGAGACGGCGGGAGUGCAGGACAUCGCCUCCGCUCGACCAUUACCUUGGACGCUGCUUCUCCACAAUCUGGCGGCGGGGGCCGCCACUUCUCCACGUCGUCAGACCACGGCAGCUAAGCGAGUCGAUGGAUCUAACAGCCAUUAAAAAGUUACUCAGUUCUCGUAGACCAAGUGCAGACUACUUGGCUGGCGUAGAUGGUUUCCUUGAUUUUGCAUACACUGGAAAAAGUUCAGAUGCCAAGAUCCAUUGUCCAUGCGUCAGAUGUGUCAAUAGGAACUUGUUGAAGCGAGACACCGUAUAUGAUCAUUUGGUGUGUAAUGGAAUGCUACUUGGAUACACAGUUUGGGGUUGUCAUGGUGAAACUGCAGGAUACAUCUCCUCUAACAAACGAAAAAGGUCAAAACAGGAAGGCAUAAACUCUAAUAUGCGCCAGCUAGUCCAUGAUGUUUUCGGGAACAUAGAUAAUGGGUCUCAAGUGAAUGACUUCGAUGACCCAAACCCUCCAGAACAUGGACCAGAUCCUGAAACCCAAUCUUUUUAUGACUUGUUGAGAGAUGCAGAUGUACCUUUGUGGGACGGGUGUGAACUAUCAAAACUUUCUUUCCUUGUGCUUCUGUUCAACAUAAAAUCCAGUAACAAGUGGAGUAAUAAAUCUAUAAAUGAUUUGCUAGCAGUUCUACAACAAGCAAUUCCAAAUGGCAAGAAUUUACCUGGAACUUUUGCCGAGGCCAAGAAGAUCAUUGGAAAGCUUGGGCUUAGUUAUGAGAGAAUUAAUGUUUGUGAAAAAGAUUGUCAGCUUUUUUGGAAAGAGAAGGCUAAUGAUGACUUUUGCUCAGUAUGUGGAGCAUCAAGGUGGAAAAACAAACCUGAUAAAACCGUGCUAACUAACAAGGAAAGGAAAAAAGCAACCCCGAAGAAGGUGCUCCGGUACUUCCCUAUUAAGCCAAGGCUUAAGAGGCUUUUUAUGCACAAGGAAACUGCUAUAGCAUUAAGAUGGCAUGAUGAGGAACGCAUAAAAGAUGGAGCAUUGCGACAUUUAGCUGAUUCAGCGGCAUGGAAGGAGAUUGACUCUAAGUGUAAGCACAUCAGAUCAGAUUCUCGAAAUAUUAGAUUCAUAAUCACAGCUGAUGGAUUCAAUCUGUUUGGUAAGCUGAAUAGUAAACAUAGUUGCUGGCCUGUUGUCCUAGUACCCAAUAACCUUCCACCAUGGUUGUGCAUGAAGGCAUCUUCUCUUAUGCUCACUCUGCUUAUUCCUGGUCCAACUUACCCUGGAAAGAAUUUCCAUGUAUUCAUGCAACCAGUUUAUGAAGAACUAACCGAGCUGUUUAUGGUAGGAACACAUACAUAUGAUGCAUCUCGAGGUGAGAUGUUUCAACUUUAUGCUGUUGUGUUGUCUACCGUGAGUGACUACCCCGGGCUAGCUCUCUUUGCAGGAUAUAGCGUAAAUGGUGAGUUUGGUUGUUUUCCAUGUCGUGAUGAAACAUGUUCUAAACGCUUGAAAUAUGGGCAGAAGUACUGUUUCAUGGGGCAUCGCCGAUUUCUGCCCCCAGAUCACAAAUUCCGUUUUGAUGCUAGAUCGUUUGAUGGAUCUGAAGAACAUAGAGCGGCACCUAGUGCUUAUGCAGAAACUAGAGUUGUAGAUCAAAUAAAAUCAAUUUCAGAUUUUCAGAAAUCCAAAACAUGGAAGUGUGUCAGUGGCCUAUUCAAUUUGCCUUAUUGGGACUUCAAUUUACUUCGUCACAAUCUUGAUAUCAUGCAUAUUGAGAAGAACGUAUGUGAAAACAUAUAUGGAACACUUCUAGGAAUAGAAGGCAAAUCCAAAGAUAAUUUAAAGGCACGACAAGACCUACAGCACAUGAACAUUAAACGAGAGCUGCAUCCACAAAAAAAACCUAAUGAUAAGUAUUAUCUGCCACCUGCUUCCUACAACCUAUCUAAAGAAGGGAAGCAACAAUUUUGCAAAGUCCUUCAUGGUGCAAGGGGUCCGAAUGGGUUUUCAGGAAACGUCUCAAGAUGUGCAAAUGUUGUUCAAGGGAGAAUCUCAGGCCUUAAAAGUCAUGAUUGUCAUAUACUAAUGCAACACUUUCUACCACUUGCUAUUCGAGGUCUACUCCCAGAUCAUGUCACAUCUGUGUUGUUCGACCUGUGUGGGUAUUUUAGAGAAGUGAGUGCAAAAGUCCUAUACAUCAGCGAUCUUGAGAAGUUGGAGGAGCGAAUGAUAAUGACAUUAUGUCAUAUGGAGAGAAUAUUGCCACCAGGUUUUUUCACUGUUAUGGUGCAUUUGGUUAUGCAUCUAGCAACGGAGGAAAAAAUAGGUGGUCCAGUGUGCUACCGUUUGAUGUGGUUUGUGGAAAGGUAUAUAGGUAAGCUGAAGUCAAAUGUCUGUAACAAAGCUCGUCCCGAAGGAUCUAUCGCUGAAGCAUUUUUGGCAGAUGAGUGCAUGACAUUCUGUUCAAGAUAUAUUGUCGGUUUUGAGACCAAACAUAACUUGCCUUCGCAGAACGAAGAUAACGACGAGUGGGUUGGGCAUCAUGAUAUUGCACAUGGAUCAAGAUUAUUUCCACAUUCUGGCAAUCCACUUGGAAAGCCUAGGAAUUAUGUACUGAGCGGUGUGGCAAAAGUACAGGCACAUAGAUAUGUCUUGUCCAAUUGCUCUGAUGUGAAUUCAUACCUUAGGGCUCAUGCUGAUGAGAUCACUAAUGGACGCAAUUUAAACCCUGAUGUUGUCGAGAGGAUUCAAAAUGAUAAGUUCCACGAAUGGUUCCAAGCUCAUAUGAAGAAAUUGGAGAAGGAAAAUGGCAUCCACAACAUUGAAAAGGAUAUUAGAUUGCUCGCCCGGGGCCCAGUUAAUGCAGCCAAAAGAUAUUGCGCUUUCAACUCCUGAGGCUACCAUUUUAGGCCUAAACGCUUGGAUAAAGAGACACAAAAUAGUGGAGUCAUGGUAACUGCAAAAACUUCUAGUUAUGCUUCAGCACAUGAUGCCAAUCCUGUUUUACGUGAUGUGACGUACUACGGGAGGGUAAUUGAUAUUGUCGAGCUAAACUAAUCUGGACAGUUUUCAGUGGUGUUGUUUAAAUGUGAAUGGGUUAAUGUGUUCUCAGAAACAGGAAUGAAAAAAGACAAG